AAUGAUUUUAUAAUACCCAUACUGUUGUAUCUCCCCUUUUAUAUUUAUUAGAUACUAAUUAUUGUUUAUAUCAUUAUAUUUGAAAGUUAUACGACUUCCGCUGUCGUCUGAUAUGAAAAUUUCAAGUUUAUAAUGGGCGACGGUUUAAAGCUGUCCAAAGAUAAGCGCCAUAGGAGCUCAAGUAGCCUCGGUGGAACCGCGGUAGAAGGAACACGAUCGGAGCGAAAGCUGGAUUUGGCAGAAUCUAUUGCUGAAGUAGACGAUCAAUUUGCUUUAGCAGAAGCACGAUGCGAAAAUUUACAAGAAAAAAUCGAUUUAGUAAAAGUGGUCAAAAAGAAGAAAAAACUUAAAAAACUGAGUAUGACUCGCGUAAAUGAAGUACCAGUGCCACCAGAAAAUAUGUCCUACAUUACUGUAAAAACACAACCUAAAAAGAAAGCAAUCCAAACGCGGCAGCGUCGACCAGAGGUGCCCAGCCUCAACUCGGCGGCCGAGGAGCAGCGGCAGAUGCUCGGCCAGAUGCGCGGCUACAACGAGGCUUACUACGAGCCGCAGCACCAAUAUCAGCAAGCGCAAACUACGGAACCAAAUCGUCAGCGGACGCGCGAUCGCAGGGCACGAGCCGAUGGAGACAGGGUAAUGUGCGGGAGGAGCGUUCAAAUCGACGGGCCAGUGCUAGCGGAGCCGCGGCCGCCCGACGACGUUGAUACCUCGGACUACGAGGAAUAUCACCAAAACGAGUUUUCCCCCAAAAAGCCGUCGCCUGAAGGAAGGCCACUAUCCCCGAAGAAUACCGGGCGUCGAAGGCACGUUCCGAGAGAUGUUCCGAUCAAAACAGUCCGGGAAAAGUGGAAGGAUCGGACACGAGAACGAGGAUGGCACGCUUCUCCAGACAGACGUGCCGUGCCCGCGUAUAAUAAUUUUACGUCGCAGCUCGGCGGGGACGAGCCGGGCGAGCGGCCGGUGGUAGAGCUGUUCAGCAACAACAUGAAAACCGCGGCCUCCAACGUGUCCACGCGGCAGCCCGUCGCCACGGAGAGGAAGCUUAAAAAGGAUGUACGCGACGGUACGCGUCGUGGAGUACGCCCCGUUCGGGACAAUUUCAACGACCAAAGGACAGGCCCCUUGGGCGACGUGUCAACACAACCGGUAAAGAACAAGGAGGCGCGACACCCGCACAAGCUGAAAUAUCGUUGUCGUCGCUACGAGCUGCCGACCAUGGCCUCUCAGAUGAAGCAGGCGGGCGCGCGCUACUACCAAGGCACCGGCGCCUACCCCAACAUCCCGUUCGUGGUCAGCAAGAGCACCGCCCCCUCGCACAACAUCGGCGUCAACAUACAGCAGGUGUUAAACGGCCUCAAAGUGCAGCAGCCCUUAACUGGAAUUCCACCUACAAUAGCACAUCACAUGGGCUUAGGACACGUUUCAACGUUUAUGGUUAAUAACAACAUAGCGCCAGCGUUGUCAGAGCACCGCGAGAUCAACACGAUCAAGCUAGGUCGGCGGCUGGUGCGGCUCCCGUCGCAAAAGUACAUGUCGUACAACCGCGCGCUCAACCUAUACCGCGAGGGCGACGGCAUGGUGCCGCGGUUCCUGCGCGCCAUCAGCCGCCCGCAUUACUUCUACACCUCCAUGUACAACAGCUUGGCUACGACUCGGGAGGACCUGGACGCCGCGACGUCGAAGGCCAACAACGUCGCGGCGCAGGAGGCCAAGCAGAGCCUGGCUGAGUACGCUAGCCUGUACCGCGAGUACGAGCAGCUGGACAAGACGCUCCGCGAAGGCAACUAUGAACCCGAGUGGGAACGUCGGCGAGACGAGAUUUGGAAGGAACUGGCGUUACGGGAGGAGCGCGUCCGCAAGAUGGUACAAGACUACAAGGGAUCGAACGCGGAGCUGGCGCCGCUGCGCGCGUCCGCGUCCACCGCCGAGGACAGCGGCCGCCGCCGCUCCUGCUACAAGCUCGGAGACCAGCAACAUUGACGCCCACUCAACAAAAAUAUACAUUAUGCCAAAUUUACUCCCACUUCUCGGGAUCAGUAGAAUUUCUAAGGUGAAUGGACUUUUUUUAUUGUUACGCUAGUUAUUCUUUGAAUGUAACGGCGUUAUCUCAUUCAGUGCGAAUUACAACAACGAUGUUGAGUAAUUCCAGUUUCUUGUCAUAUUUAAAAAUAUUUGAUAUGAAUGAAAAAUCAUUGUUUUGAGAAGUGGCUAUUACAAGACGCCAAGUUUGUCCUCAUAGCAUUGACCUCUCGGCACACUGUGACGUAGCGUUGUUAUCUUAAGUGAAAGAUGACAAAUAUCAUAUAACUGAAUUCUACAGUAUCUUUUUAUUACGUUUCAAAAAUUUAAAAUCUAAUUAAAAUUACAGUAUUUGGUCUAUAGCUUUUAACCUUUUCAACGCCGUGUUAAGCAAAAACGCUGUUACAGACGCCACGUUACUGAAAUGUCAAAACGGAAUUUGAGCUUUAUGUAAGUCUGUUGUAUUUUUGUCUGUGACGGACUAAGUCCGUUUUCACAUUAUUCGAUCCGAUAUCGGAUGUCGGAAGGAUUUCAAUGGAAAAAAUCGAAAAUGGCGACUGUAAUGAAUGGGAUAUCGGUCCUACAUCCGAUAUCGAAUCGGAUAGGUGAAAACGCACUAAGCCGGCAUGGGCGUUGAACCUGCGGUGCCAAUUUAUACCUACAUUUAUAAUUACUGACAUACUUUGGAGAUUACUCCCCAACUAAUAAGGAUUCAUCGAUUUGGAAAAAUAAUAUUUUUACGAAACAUUUUGUACAUAUAUUAUAUCUAAAAAAGUCCACAUUGAAAUUUUGGGAACGUAAUAGGAAACCUAACUGACAUAUAUUUAUAUACCUACCUGAGUAUACCUACUAAGAAAGACUUAAGCAUUAUUGUAAUUAACUCGCAUAUUGGGUGUUUUCCUACAUUAAAAAUUAUUUGUAACUAUUUAUAAUAAGAUAAAAUAUGGAAAGUAUGCCAAGAUAUUUAGUCAUUGAAAUAGUAAUAAAUAAAUUGGUGUCGA